AAACGCGCAUUAUGUCCAGCCAGAAACCAUCACAGGAGCUGGGGCGCGUUAAACAGCUAGAGACCAUAUUGGAUUCAUGCACUUUGGAGCUCACACCAGUCGAUGAGGUCUGGCCAGGGUUGUAUAUAGGAAAUGUAGCUGUGGCACAGAAUAAAAAGACGUUAUGUAAGCUUGGCAUCACUCAUGUCCUAAAUGCGGCGCACUCUAAACAGGGGAGCAUUGGUGACCAGAGAUUUUAUGGAGACACCUGUGUGUACUUUGGCAUCCCAGCAGAGGAUUCAGAUGAGUUUAACCUCAGUCAGCAUUUCAGACCAGCAGCUGAAUUCAUCCACACAGCUUUGAAGACCAAAGAUGGGAAAGUACUGGUCCAUUGUAUCAUGGGGGUGAGUCGCUCCGCCUCUUUGGUUGUGGCGUAUUUGAUGUUGCACCAGCGUCUGACUUUAUCCAAUGCUUUGAAACACGUCAUACAAAAGAGGUCCAUUUACCCCAACAGACAUUUCCUAUCUCUGCUCCUAAAGCUUGAUGACCAGCUAAGCUUCAAAAGGAGGUUUUGCCCAUUACUUUGAUAUUCCAUGUUUAAUUGUGUUGUUUAUUUUUAUAUGGCUUUUGUAAUGAGAAAGAUGUUAUUUUGUAUGCAAUUCAAAUUACUCAACAUUGCACUUUAUAUAUAAUGUCAAAUGUGUGUCCUUAAUAAAUUGUGGUGAAGUGUUUUUCAUUA